AUGCGUCCAGCAUUUGUCAUCCUUGUGGCGCUUUGGAUAUCAGCCUUCAACCUUGAUUACAUGGUUUUCGGCGGGGAGGAUUCUAGUGCACUCUUGCCAUCACCAUCUCUUUCUGGCUAUCCUUCGUAUGGAGCUCCUCCAUCACCCCAAUCUUUUUCUGGCUAUCCUUCGUAUGGAGCUCCUCCAUCGCCCCAAUCUUUUUCUGGCUAUCCUUCAUAUGGAGCUCCUCCGCCACCACCACCACCCUCGUCUAUUUCCACCUAUCCUUCAUAUAGAGCUCCACCUCCGCCAUCACGUCCAGCACAAGCUAACUGUCCCCCUCCACCAGUUCCAGUACAGUGUUGCAAGUACCCUUCCCAUCCAAAUCCUAAUGAAUACUACCAGCCUGUUGUUGACCAUUCACCUACUCCUUAUUCACCCGUUUCCACCUUUUCCAUUGUAAUACUUUGCUGUUUUAUUCUAGCUCUAUCUAUGCGCUAA